GCAGGGCGCGGUGCUGGCCACCCGCCUCCUCGUGCUCUGUUGCCGGCCUUUUGUGGGCGCUCGCUCACAGCAACUUGCUCCUACGGUCUGGUGAGGCUACACGGGGGAUCUUUGUCCGGAAAGAGGGGUGUCAGCAGCGUUGGGUGACGGAGCGCUCCUCCGCGGGACGCAGGGACGAUUUCUGGCGCCUCUCUGGACCCGUUUCGCCAUCGCCUCCGGAAUUCACUCCGCUUCACCCGGGGCUGUGUUGCCCUAUGAGCUGCGUGUGCAUGUUUUAAUUUCCACGGAAAUUCUUUUCCUGUUUGGUAUUUGAGGAGUGUUUUGUUGUUGUUGUUGUUCUGUUUCACGCUCUCCCCCGUGUUCCCACCACCUCCAAUCUCUUUCUAUACCACUCUCCCCCCCCCCAGCUCCCAUCACCUCCACUCCCUCAUUUUCAUUUUUGGUUCACGAGCUAUCCACCUGCUCGCAACGUCCCUAAUCUCUUUCCCCUUUAUUAACUAGCUAUAUUUAUUCUACACUGAAUCCGUAAAACUACAGUGACGGCAAUCAGUAGACCUGUUGUGACCUCACUCACGGAACCGUGUCAGUUCACCAAUGUCACCAGUUCGACAAGUGCAUCCAUCCAUCAAUUAGAUCUUUUUGUUGUUGUUUUACAUUUCGAGACAUUUAUUUCUGUCCCUUGGUUCUCUCCAUCACCUCUCUCCCUCUCCCCUCCCACUCCUCGCUAAGUCUCCACCCCAGCGUGUGUGUGUGUGUGGGGGGGGGCAUUAGCAGCUGCAUCAACAUCAGCAGCAGCUGCUGCUGCUGUUGCCUUCCUGCACGAGGUUGAUAAGAGCUGCUGCUGUUGCAGCUUGCUGCGCUGUUGAGAAGCAACCUGCCCUAUCGGUCGGGAUGAGGCCGUGUAGGAACGCCACUCUCCUGGUGGACUUGGCCGCCCUGUGCGGCAUCGCCAGCUUCGUGCUGCUCGCCUUGUCCGUGGGCACGGACUACUGGUACAUCAUGGACACGUCCGGCCUCGGGGAGCAGCUGGAAAUCGAUAAGCGAGAGGAACUCGGACUCACGCACAUGGGGCUGUGGAGGACCUGCACGGUCCACAGGGGUUGCCAAUCGCUCGUCAAUCCAUUUAGCAAGGAGGUGGAAUUGUACUCGGACUUCCAGCGGCAGAUCCCAGUGCUGGAGAAGGUGGUCGUCAUUGUGCUGCCAGUCAGCCUGGUCCUCAUGGUGUUUGGAGGGAUUUUCGUUCUCAUCAGCGCGCUCCUCAAUCACUACUACAUGAUCUGCUUUGCUGGGAUUUACUUUAUCUUCGGAGCCUCCGUCACGCUGGUGGGAGUGAGCGUGUACUGCGCCUACUCGCAGCUCGUCGCUCACACGGCGCAGCUCAUCAGCCCCGAGGUGCUGCAUGGCAUCAGCAUCGCAUUCGGCUGGUCCUUCCACCUGGCGUGGCUCUCUUGCGCCCUCGAGGCCCUCGCCGGGAGCCUCUUCCUGCUCUCCACCUGUGCCACGGCCGGGGCCCAAGACGCGCCUCGCCGUCCGAGCAGGUGGAGUUGCGGUGCUGCACCGCAUGACCGUGCAGCUGUGGAGGCGGAGGGAGGCAGCGAGAGAAGGCCAUAACGAAGAAAAGGGACCGCGUGCUCAUCCACUCGGCAGCCUCCACUGGCAACCAGAAAUCCGGCGGUCAUGAGAGCUGCAUAGCCUGAGAAGCACACGCCAUGAACCCAGCCUCCACCUCCCCCAAACUCCGCCAUCAUGGAACCAAAAGGCAUCUUGAUCCCCCAAGGUGUAGGCGAAGGCUUCUCCUCAACCUCCUUGAUGUAUGAAGAGUAGACUCUGCACACAGCAAUGCACACUGCAUUUAUUUAAUUAUGCUGCUUUAAGAGUUUAUGACAAAAGGUUAUGUAUAGAUCCUUAUCAGAAAAUGAUAACAAUUAUGGACAUUAAGGACACAUUUAUAGCAGCUAUAACAUUAUCUUUGUUAAUGCAUUGCAUGUACCACUAAAAUUGUCUUGUAUUCGUUUGUAGUUGUUGCAGUAAUUCUGUUUUAAUGUAUAGUGUAGCAUGGGCAAACAAUGGAGUUAUAUACAUAUUUAAUCGGAAUGGCAUUACAUCUGAUUCUGGUAUGCCAAUGCCUAAAAUGUAUCUCUAAGACGAGCUUUGUUUUAAAUCUAAACUUUAAAGUGUUGAUGUGAAGCUCCUGAAAAAAAACAUUAAUCUAUAAUAAUUUGCAGCCCUUUGUCAAUCCACUAUGGGGUUGUUUCACUAUAUUUUACUAGGUUGGUCAGUGUGACUGUGAAGACUGGUGGGCAAGACUGGUUCAUUCUAUAUCAUUUGUGUUAGCCUUGGCCAAGAAUUUAACUGGGGUAAUCAGGUUUGUCAUGCAGGGUGCAAUCCAUUGCUCAAGUGCUCCCUCCAUUGAGAAUAUGACACUGGAUAAAUUUUGCUCUUUUAUAGGCAACACAAUUGCUGCAAGGGUUAAAUUAUGUAGCAGAAGUCGUGAUAUAUGCACUGUAAAGCGAUAGCUGCAAUCUGAGAUCAAUAGCUCUGUGGUCUGAAAGGCCAUACUUUUCACUGUUAUAACUUUUCCCAAUAUAUAUGCACUGGGGGUUGCAUGCUUCAAUUUAAAAGGGCCAGGCUAUAAGUAACUUGAAAUAAUUGUGUGCAGUAAGCGGUUUACUCCAGCAUAAUUAUAUUGAGUGGCAACGGCCAGUCUACAGGGCAUUAUACAGCAAAGCUAUUGGUGAUGAAUGAUAAAACACGAUAUCGGAGAAAUGUAGCUUUGUUGACACAAAAUACAUUUUUUUUAGUUUUUUUGACAAACUAAUAACAAGAUGGUUCUGUAAUAAUAUUUCUAAACAUCUAUAUUUAAUUUUAGUAGGUACACACAUUUAUUUUGCUGCAAAAUGAAAUAAACCUAUUUCAGUCAGGGGAAUAAACCCAUUUAACAUUUAACUAUAUCAGAAUUCACGAUGAAAAUACAUUUCCAGCUGUUUGUGUAGCCAAAAUUAAAUGCGUUUAGUUCCACCUUUAACAUGUACAGCCCUUUUGUCAGUGCACUGAUGGAUGAUGGUCUCCCUAUGCCAUGCAUGCCAUAAGGGUUAUUUUACCAUACUUCCCCAUGCUGGUCAGUAACGGUUUGUGAAGUAGAGGAUCAUAGACAUGGAAGCAGACAAUAAAAUGGCUCUUGCUGCACUGCCCUCUACUGCCCAAUACGUAGCACCAUAUCCUUUUGACAAAAUGUUUGAGCAUGUCGCCGCAAUUGAAGCGAUAUCCAGGCUUCAAAAAGCAUAAACACCUUUUUAAAAUUACAUUAGCACAAUCAACAUGAAAGGGAUUAAUGAGCAACUGAGGACAGGAUCACAUUACAAUUAUCACUUUCUGAAAAUGUCACUCAGUACUCACCGGCAUUUGAAGUCACAAGAGCCUGCCACUAGCAAAACAUUAUUGGGAUGCCAGUCAAGGCUCAGCACUGUCGAUCGAAUCGGCUUCUUUAUGUGUUUGCUCACCCACCUUAAAAAUAUACAACAUUGAAUUAGGCAUGUAGCAUGUGCUGAUGUCUCCUGGGGAGAAGACAAUGUAGCAUCAUAAAGUAAUAGGGAUUUUGUGCUCUAUUUCUGUAUGUUGUUGACUACUGUGUGCAAGACAUGGCAACUAAAAACUUCUAAAUAAAUACUAACUGAAAAGCA